GCUGGAAUAAUCUAUUAUCUUUACUCCAUUCUCAUGCAUUUAAAACUUCUUUCAUUUGUCAAUAUAACUAAUUAGCACUUUUCCUGGACGAAGCAAUAUUAUAACAAAACUGUUCAUCAGAUUCACUAUUGAUUAAAAACAAAUUUGAGUAUGCUAGGAUAUUGCUGUAUCUCAUUGCAUGGAUGCUUUGCAGGCUGUGGAAGAAUUAAGCAAGGUUGGAGGUGUCAAUAAAAUACUUGUUGCUGAAAAUGAUGCUUACGGAGGAUUUCUUGCAGGUAUGCUAUCCCAUUUAGCAUCAGGGGCCGGUUGUAUAAAACUCUUAAUCACUUUUUUAAUCACUAUUUUGUAGUUAAAUAGUGAUUAACUCUCAAAUAGGCGCUUCUUAUUGGAUGACGUUUGCACUUAACCAUAGUUAACUUUAAUCACUUUUUUAUACAACCGGUCCCAGAACUUUCCCUGGCGCACUGUCACAACACAGAACUUAUACCAUCCCUUGAUGAACAUGAGAUUCUAGCAUAGUCUAGUCCCUAAUGUAACCUAAAUCUGUUACUUUCACUGAAUCCUUUCUCAACACUUGCUUUAGAGGUUAUGGCGCCUUUGAUUCUUGCUUCUCAACAACAGUUUGGCUUUUCUCAUAUUACUGCUGGUUCAACUGCAUUUGGCAAGGUGAAUUAUAACUCCUGAUCAGAGUUCUUGGUUUGGUUAUCACACACAGAACAGAAAGCAAAGGGGACAGCCUCCCCCACCCCACCCCAGUAAUUUCUGAAAGCUUUUGAAUGGUGGCUGAAUACGAUGUUUGUGGUGUCACUCUG